AUGCAGAAACAUUCGGUCAUAGUGGCAGUCCCAGCCGUCAGCAUGAGGAUCGUGGCCCAGCAGGAGAGGUCAAGAGCGGGGCAGACCCUGGGCCUGCAGUGCCUGUCUGGAAGCAGUAACCCCAAGGCCAACGUCUCCUGGAUCCUGGGGGCCCGCAGGAUACCCGGCGAGGAGCAGCCUCCCAGGUCGGCAGCGUUCGGUGGGGUGUCUGUGAGCAGCAGCCUGGCCCUGCCUCUGGUGCCCAGCUACAACAAGCAGCGGCUGAUCUGCCAGGCGUACAGCGCCGUGCUGUCGGAGGGAGCCAGCACCUUCCACACCCUCGACGUGAUAACCCCCCCGGAGUUUCAGCUCAGCCCAGGCCCAGAGGUGGUGCAGGUGACUACGAGUAGGACACGAGCUGUCCUCCCACUGCUGGUGUCAAGCCACCCUAGGAGGAGUUGGACCUGCACCUGGACUGCACACCACCAGGACACGCUGAUCACAGACCGAGACAUCCUGUACCAGUGGUACGAGGACUACUCCCUGCAGAUCAGGAACGUGACGCGGAGGCACGCGGGCAAGUACACGGUGCAGUGUACCAACGAGGAGGGCCGCAGACACACCACCAUCACCCUGGACGUCCUGUAUAGUCCCGGCGUGCGGCCGAAGAGCGCGGAGGUGCGCGUGGUUCUGGGCGCCAUGGCUGACCUCAUCUGUGUGGCGGACGCCAACCCGGCCGCCGCCUUCUCCUGGGCGUGGCUGGGGGAGGGAGAGAUGGAGUUUGAGGAGGAGACCAUGGAGGAGGAGUUCGGCGUGCUGACCAUCCAGGAGGUCACGCGGGCUCACGCCGGACGCUACCAGUGCAUCGCCGAUAACGGCAUAGCGCCCCCUGCCAGUGCGGAGGUGGAACUGGUGGUGUGCUUCGGGCCCGAGAUCAAGAAGGGGGUGCAGUGGAGCAAGGUGGCCAGCAGGGGGGACGGCUCCGUGGAGGCGGAGGUGCUCUGCAGGGCGGAGGGCAUCCCCCCGGUCAGCUUCUCCUGGGACAAAAACAACGUGCCAAUGGACUUCGAGAACCCCCGGUACGCAGAGCGCACGGUAAGGGACGGCUCGUUCUCCACCAGCACGGUGGUGGUGCUGAACGUCAGCGCGCUGCUGGACUACACCCUGUUCACCUGCCACGCCAGCAACGCCCUCGGCGAGGACAGCCUGCAGAUACAGCUGGUCAGCACCAACCACCCGGACCCCCCCUCGUCCGUGGGCCUGGUGGGGGUCUCCUACAGCUCCGUCACCCUGGAGUGGAUCCCGGGCUUCAACGGAGGUCUGGCCCAGAGCUACCGUAUAAGGUACCGGGGACCCCACAGCGACAGCUUCACCUACGUGGACGUCUUCCCUCUGUCCACCGCCGUGUACACCGUCACCAACCUGGCGCCGAGCACCACCUACAACUUCUCCAUCGCCGCCCUGAACGCCAUCGGAGAGAGCGGCUACGAGGACGCAGCGUCGCUGGUCGCCACCACCGACGAUUGGUUUGUGGAUGACCGGGCUGGCUCAGGUGAAGACACGGGACCUUCUGGCCUCCCGAUGUACCUGACCUCGACGCUGAGCGCUGUGGCCGUGGUCCUGUUGGCCUCCAACGCGGUGGGCUGCGUCCUGGGCUGGAGAUGGAGACAGAGGCGCCUGCACACAGGGAGAAGCACAACGUCGGACCAGUGCAGUGUGUUGGAUGAGAAGAAGAGCGAGGCGGCCGGGUCCGGGGGCACCGCGGGGGACGGCUCCGGGCGCUACGAGAGCCGGGAGAAGAUCAACGCCGCCGCGCAGCGGACGCUCAUCACCGACUCUGGGUCCGAGACGCAGAGCAACGUCUACGAGAGCUAUGGCGCGGAGAGUCAAAACUAUUACCCUUUAAGAGACUAUCGUCCACGGCUUCAACCCUACGCUGAGGAGACGCACAGGCCGGGUGAGACUGCACACUACAGGACCGAUCACGUGCACUAUCCCGUGCACUAUCCCGGUGAGCCUCCUGGUCAUGAGUAUGAGACGGUGAGAGAGUUUGGUUGGAGACCGGAUGUUCCAGAGACCCCCGCCUUGUUUCAUCCACCGGACUCUCCAGGCUGUCCUCAGCAGGGGAGCAGAGGACUGCGUAGGCCGGCUGACGACGGGUUGACCUCCAGGGAUUAUGAAUUGCCCUUUGAACUCCGAGGGGAGCUGGUCUAAUGUUGACUCAUUACUCAGUGAAGUAUUAUAAUGCAGUGUCGAUAUGUCAAUAAAGGCAGAGUAUUGUACAAUACGAUAUUUUAAUGUUUAUUUUUUCUCUUGGAAAUAGAUCAAACACUUAAUUUAUAUGCAUAUUAUUCAUAUGCAUGUUUAAUGCCAAUUCUCUGAAACAGCUUUUUUAAUGUUGUAUUAGUUGAAAAUAGUCAUGCACUUCACUCUCAAACAUCUAUCCUAGUUCUCAUAUUUACCUUUGUCUAUUGCUGAGUUUCAAAUAUCAUAUGUUCCUUUUUGUAUUUACCAACGAGAUUUCCCUCCUCAGCUGA